AUGUCGGCCUGGAUUCAACGGCAGACCAACUCUCCCUAUGUGCAGUUGGCCGGCGCUGCUGUUCUCUCAGGCGCUGCAGUUGCCGGUGCCAUCCUUGGCUAUCAGUCCGUGAAGAGACAAGCCGCAAUAAAAAAAUUGAAGGCGUCGAUACCGGACUUUGACGAACAGGAUACAGUUCAGAAGCUCACAGAAUUCGGACUAGCAACGCCCCCGACGCUGAGUAAAGAAGACAAACGAGGUGCUGCUCUUGCUCGCAGAGCCCAACGUGGGGACUACGAUGAUGAUUUAAUACUCGAACAACUUGCCCGCAACCGCGUCUUCCUUACCAACGAAGGGCUCACAAAACUGCGGUCCUCCUUCGUAAUAAUAGUGGGAUGCGGGGGCGUUGGCUCCCACGCUGCUGCCUCUCUGGCGCGCUCUGGCGUAUCGCGCAUACGUCUCGUGGACUUUGAUCAGGUCACCCUUUCAUCACUUAAUCGACAUGCACUUGCUACCCUCUUGGACGUUGGCACCCCAAAAGUCCACUGUAUCCGGAAGCGACUGGAGCAAAUAGUACCAUGGGUGCGCUUUGACUGCCGGGAUGAACUGUACAACGAAUCUGCGGCAGAUACUCUUUUAGGCCCUUGGAAUAUGAAGGGCGACAAAGAGACCCGGAAACCAGACUAUGUUCUGGACUGCAUUGAUAAUAUUUCCUCCAAGGUUUCUCUCCUUCACUACUGCCAUUCCCACAAUAUUCCGGUCAUUUCUUCCAUGGGCGCGGGAUGUAAAUCUGAUCCCACUCGGAUCACUAUUGGUGAUAUCUCGACAAGUGCUGAAGAUCCCCUUUCCCGAAGUACCCGUCGUCGCUUGAAGGCCCUGGGAGUUAGCUCCGGUAUUCCAGUGGUUUUCUCCACCGAAAAACCAGGACCUGGAAAGGCAUCGUUACUCCCACUCCCUGAUGACGAGUUUGCCAAGGGGGAGGUAGGGGAGCUUGGCGUUCUCCCCGACUUCCGUGUGCGAAUACUUCCCGUUAUCGGCACAAUGCCAGCUGUGUUCGGCUAUACCCUCGCCAACCAUGUCAUCUGUGACUUAUCAGGAUAUCCUAACGAGUACAACGCAGGAGCCAAGGGCCGAGAAAAGAUGUAUGAUAGCAUCUUAGGAGGCCUGCAGGGGAUGGAAGAACGCCUAGCUAAGUUUGAACUCGGCUAUGAUCCGGUCGGAUUACGGAUACCAAUCAACAAAGAUGACGUUGCUUACCUGAUUGAGGAGGUAUGGAGAGGGAAAAGUGUCGUUACGGGCCUGACUACGCGGCUAAUGUUGGUACGUUGGGAGCGCCCGGAGAAUGGAUUCGGGCCCGAUCCUUUCUGGGAGAAGGAAGGACAGAGGAGUACACGGCUUGAUUUGAAAGAACUGGUUUGCAUGACGAAGGAGGAAGCGCUGCGACAUGAGCGGGAGGUUCUGAAGGGCGGUAAAGCUGUUGAAGAUCUAUACGAUGAGAAGGUUAUUAGAAAGGUGGAGGAGCGCAUACGUGAGCAAGAAGCGUAUGAAAGGUAUCGAUAG